UCCAGUUCAUACCUUGAGUGAGAAUGUACCCUGCUGAGAUUGCUAGUUUUCCAUACUUGUCACCUGCAAGUGCAGUUUCCUUCAAAACUCACUACCAUGUAGAUACAAAUGACUUCCUCCUCCAGUAUAACAGUCUUCUGGUGCCUCAAGCUACAUCUUACCAACAUGUUGCACACCUACCCCAUGAAACUAGUCUUCCAGUUGGAAAUAGAUCCAAUUCAGAUGAGUCAGAUGACUACCAACGCAGUCUUGCAGAAGAGCGCAGGAGGAGAAGGAUGAUAUCCAACAGGGAGUCUGCCCGGCGAUCACGCAUGAGGAAGCAGAAACAGCUAAGUGAGCUCUGGGCCCAGGUUGUCCACCUCCGCAGCACUAACCGUCAGCUCCUUGAUCAGCUGAACCAUGUCAUCAGGGACUGCGAUCGCAUUACCCAUGAAAACUGCCAGCUGAGAGACGAACAAGCCAAACUGCAGGAGCAACUUGAGAAGACCCCUGUAGAGAACACAGAGAGUACCUUCAUGGGUCCUGACACUUGAGGUGUCAAUCCUUAAGUGUCCAGUAUUACAAGACUAGAUGCCAUAAUAUGAGAACUUAAACCAAGAGGCUUCGUCAUUUUAUUCUAAGGCUUUCAUUUUUGUAUCUUUGCACUAUGUUGGACAAUGUUAGAAUUUAGCAGCAUUCCUCCAGUUUAUUUCAUCAUCAUCUGUUAGAUAUCAAGAAAUCAUUAAGUACCA